UUCAAAUAACAUAUUCGAUGCCUCCCAACCAAUCGACCAGAAGGGGAGCACAAUAACACAGCAGAGCGAGCAUCAAGCCAAGCAUGCCGGCCUUCCAGCAGCAGACGAUCGUGGACUUCGUGACGGCAGAGAAUGCCUCGGCCACGCAGCAGCAGCUGCAGGCCGUUCAUAAUGGGCGUGGCUUCUGCGAGGAGUCCAGUGUGAAGGUCUUGGAGACGUAUCUGGCCGAGCAGGUGCAGAACAAGACCGUGGACAUUGACGCCAGUCUGGCGCUGCUCAAGCUGUACCAGGUGUACCCGGCCACAAUCAGCGCCGAGAACGUGGCCAAGAUUCUGGUCAAGGGCGUCAUGGCCCUGCCCUCCACAUUCUUCACCGGCGCCUCCACGAUGGUCCCGGAGAGCAUCCGCGAGGACGCCAACGUGACGGCAGUGCUUCACACGGGUUUCAUGCUCCAGUCGUGCCUGUUCGAGGAUUUCUGGAAGGAGAGCGUGACUUUCGCCGAGAAGGUGCCAGGCUUCCUGGAGUCGGUGCGCGCCUACAUUCUGACAGCUAUCAGCCGCAGCCACAGCGCCAUCUCCACGGAGGUCUUCAAGGCUAAACUCAACGUGUCUGACAAGGAGGUGGCCGACAUCGUUGCAGCCGAGAAGUGGACUGUUGCCGACAACUUGAUUCAGAUCAACCCCAACGAGGACAACCAGAUGCAAGCCAAGAAGGUCCAGGAGAACAUUGAGUUCGAGGACGUGCUCAAGGUCAUCCACACUCUUUCUAGAUAGAUUUGUUGUUAAUGGUGGUGGACGAUUGCGACUGAGUGGACAGAACUAGCAAAUAGCGAAGGACCAGGGAAGCAGGACCCAAAUCAAGUUGGUGCACACCGUGCUACCAUUUUGCAUACUCUACUACUGGUCUUCAACGCUGAGGCUCUUUCUUGCUCGUAGCUGGAUGCUCGAGUGAAUAAGAACAAGAACAUUGUGCACAAAAAAUGAAAAUCUAUACACCGGGGAAG